AUGUCAAUUCAAAAUUUCAGAGAGCUCCAAUUAGCAGUUGCCACGCAGAAAGCUAAGGCUCUGCUCUUGCCACCAAACAUUUUCUUGUUUUGCGUUCGUAGAAUAAGAGGGGAUUUGUCGGUGAAAGUAGUCUCCGCACAGAUCACAAAGUGUCUGCGACAGAUGACGGAGGCAAAGAAGCGAAAACAGGACGAAUUAAACGACGAUGUCCCAGACGCAGAAACGAAGGCACGGGAGGAUAAGGAAGGGCAAACAGCAGAAGUAACAAAUGCGGAGGUUGAUGAGUUCUACGCGAUCCUCAAGAGGAUACACGUGGCAGUCAAGUACUUUAAAGAGGCAAAUGAAGAUGGCCAUAAGUUAACGCAGGCGAGAUCGCUGGAGAGAGAGUUUGAAGUUGAAGCUAGCGGCGUGAAGGUUAAUGGCGUUAAGAGAGAGGAGGAGGGUGUAGAGGAGAAUGAGGGCUUCGAUUUGAAUGUGGAUCCUGAACCAGAGGAGGAAGGACUGGCUUAG